AUGUCUGUUCGUUCUUCAGUCAUUCUUUUGUUACCUCAAUUGCUAAUUAUUAUUAAUCUCUGUGAAUUACAUCCACAAAAAUUUCAAACUUCUUGUCCUUAUAUUCGCACAUCUAUUAUACUAUCUGAUUGCGUAUUUGAUACUGGUCACUAUUUAUCACUUGGUGCACGAAUAUUUAAUACACGUUCCAUCGAUUUUGUUGGUCACUAUUCACUUGAUUCUACAUCACUAUUACCUAUUCAAUAUAAAUUAAAUACUGAGCCAAUUAAUACCCUUGUCUAUAAUUUAAGUGGUACAUCUGUCUCUGUUGUACCAUUAAUAUUAAAUUGUCCACAAUUACCCGACAAUAUGAUCUUUACAGAAUGUCAAUAUACAACAAUUAAAGUAAAAUCUUCAAAAAUGAAACAACAAUCAGAAUAUGUUCCAGCACAAUUAAGUAUAUUAAAUGUCACAGAUCUUGGAAUACGUUCGGUAUUAUUUUUGCAACCAGCAUUACGUUCAUGUAAAGCGUACGAUUGUGAUAAUCAACUAGUUUAUUUAACCGCCUCAAAUGAAACAUUUGACAUGUCAGUUCGUUAUGAAAAACCUGUGGGUACCGUUUGUCAAUUAGCCGAAGAUUGUAGUUCUAUAAAUGAUUUAGUUCAAUGUUCUCCACUCACACAUACUUGUCAAUGUUAUAGUCAAAAUACAUCAAUUGUUGAUCUCAAUCACUUGGGAAGAUAUUGUGUUGAUUCCAUAGUACAAUCAAAUUGUACAAAAUUUUCACGAAGAUGUUUAAAAUAUUGUGAUUCUAGUCAAACACCCUAUUGUCUAUGUCCACCACAAAUAACGAGAAAAGUACGAAAAACAAGUGGACUUUAUGACUGUGAAUUAGAACGAGAUUCAGUAUGUACAGACAUUGAUCAAAUUGCAAAAUGUCCAACAGGAACCUAUUGUGACGGUUUGAGAUGUCGUACCACACUAUUAUUUGGUGCUAAUAGACAAGACAAUGUUACAAUCUAUAAACGUACACUACCAUUAACCACAUAUAAAAUCAAAAAUUUUCUAUUAUCGUCAACAGUGGACGAUCAAUUAACAUUAAAUGAGAAUAAUGGCGUUAGUAAACAGCAUCAAACAGCUGCAAUCAUUCGAACACUCCUCGUCAUUAUCAUUGCGAUUGUUCUAUUUCUUAUACUUAUUAUACUGAUUAUUGCCAUCUUAGUUAGAUCACAUCGAUCUCAAAUUUCAUCAGCAUCUAAAUAUAGUGAAAAUAAAUUAGAGAGUAAAUCAUCAACACAAUUAUCUAGUCAAUAUAAAAAACAGCGCAGUUUAUAUAAAACGUCAACUACUCCACCACUAUCAUCUUCUAACAAUUAUCCUGAUUCCUUAUCAACAAUUUCAACAAUUAUUAAUGGUCAAUCAACACCAUUUUGUCGCUAUAAUCCACCGACUUCCUUUGAAAAUUAUUUGAGUGUUCAAUCUGGUGGUCUAUUACCACAAUCUCAAUUGUCACCAAGAUUUCAUCGUCAAACGACAACAACAUCACAAUUACGUUCACUCAAUGUAUCAACACCAACUCGAACACCAUCAUUAUCAAGAAUAACAAUAGUUCCCGAUCAUACAAAUAUUUUAACAAAACAUUCAUUGUCAACAAAAAAUUUAACGAAUAAUUAUCGUCGAACGACUACAACAACAUCGAUGAGAAAAAAUAAGUCAGCAAUGCCAGUUGUAACACGUUUACAAAAUGUUUUAGAAAUAAAUGUUAUUCCUUAUGAACGCGUCCCCCAAUUUGGUUUUCUAUUUGAUAUUGAUGGUGUUUUAACAAGAGGUCGAAAAUUACUACCCUAUACACGUGAAGCAUUUCGGAAAUUAGUAGAUUUUAGUGGAAAUUUUCGAAUACCAACGGUAUUUGUAACAAAUGCGGGCAGUGAAUUAAGAUCAUCAAAAGCAACAAAAUUAUCUCAUAUAUUGGGCAUACAGGUAUUACCUGAACAAGUCAUCAUGUCACAUAGUCCAUUAAAGUUGUAUACAGAAUUUCACAAGAAACAUUGUCUUAUUACUGGACAAGGUCCCAUUGCUGAAAUAGCUAAAAAUCUGGGAUUUACAAAAGUCACAACGACCGAUCAACUAUGUGAUGCAUUUCCAAAUUUAGACAUGGUUGAUCAUAAGAAACGAAGAGGAUUCCAUUCACCAUUUCGAGAUUAUUUUCUGCCAAUAGAAGCAAUUGUGUUAUUUGGUGAGCCAGUUCGAUGGGAAACAAAUUUACAACUAGUUGUUGAUGUGUUAAUGACAAAUGGGAACCCCAGUUCUCCGAUUACCCGAGUGCCUAGUCCACAUCUACCUGUUUUAGCUUCAAAUGCCGAUUUAUUGUGGAUGGCCGAGGCACCUUUGCCAAGAUUUGGUCAUGGAUCUUAUAUGUUUUGUUUAGAAAAUUUAUAUAAGAAAAUUUCCGGUCAUCCAUUACAGUACACAGCCAUUGUUGGCAAACCGAGUGAAAUUACUUAUUAUCAUGCUGAAUAUUGCGUUUCAAGGCAUGCACAAGAGUUAGGACUGAGAAAGCCAAUCAAACGUUUAUAUGCUGUUGGAGACAAUCCUGACACAGAUAUUUAUGGAGCAAAUGUUUAUAAUAAUUAUUUACAAACGCGUACAUUAUCUCGUUUGAAACAAGUUGUUACUCAAAAAGCAGCUACUAGCGGUGUUUCAUCAACAACGCCAGCGUGGGGACGAAAUAGUGUUGAAAUUGUGGCAGAUGAAGCUGAACAAUUUUAUUCUGCUGAAAGUAUCAAUUCUGUUUUAGUAUGUACCGGUGUUUAUAAUCAAGAUCAACAACAAGAAGAACAAACACAACAACUUAAUCAUGGACAUCGAGACAUGAUUAUUGAUCCUCUAUUGAAACAACCAAAAUUUACUGUUGAACAUGUACUUGAUGCAAUUAAAAUUGUUUUUGAUACAGAACAAUUUCAUUAA